AUGUUGGAAGCUAGGCUGAGAUUCUUCCUUCACAAAUGUGUAUUGCCUGGACAGGCGAAGCAGCUCCACGCACAGUUAGUUGUGAACCGCUAUGACCAUCUCGAGCCUAUCUUGGUCCACCAGACUCUUCACUUCACAAAGGAGUUCUCAAGAGAUGUCGUAAGCUAUGUCAAAAGAAUACUCAAGGCGUUUCAGAGUUCUAAAGUCUCUGCAGCUCCCAAGGGUCUGGAUACUUUCUCCUGGGGAUGUCUUGUUCGGUUCUUGAGCCAGCAUAGAAAGUUCAAAGAAACCGUUGCCUUGUACAUCGAAAUGCACAACUCAGGAAUCCCUCCAAGCUCACACGCCGUGACUUCAGCGUUAAGAGCCUGUGGUAAGAUAGAAAACAUGAUUGAUGGUGACUCGAUCCAUGCUCAAGCUCUUAAAAGUGGAUUAUGUGGUUGUGUUUAUGUUCAGACUGGUCUGGUGGGUUUGUAUUCAAGACUUGGUUAUAUCGAGAUGGCAAAGAGAGCUUUUGAUGAGAUUGCUAACAAGAACACAGUUUCGUGGAACUCGCUUCUACACGGGUAUCUUGAAAGUGGAGAUCUAGAUGAAGCUCGCAGAGUCUUUGACAAGAUUCCAGAGAAAGAUGUGGUGUCAUGGAACCUAAUCAUCUCCAGCUAUGCAAAAAAAGGUGACAUGAGCGAUGCAACGUCUCUGUUUCUGACGAUGCCUUUGAAAAGCCCGGCUUCUUGGAAUAUUCUGAUCGGCGGGUACGUGAACUGCAGGGAAAUGAAGCUAGCAAGAACCUACUUCGAUGCAAUGCCACAGAAGAACAGCGUCACUUGGAUCACAAUGCUUUCAGGGUACACAAAAUCAGGCGAUGUUCAGUCUGCUGAAGAGCUUUUCACACAGAUGUCCAAGAAAGACAAACUCGUUUACGAUACAAUGAUAGCUUGUUAUGCUCAAAACGGUAAGCCAAAGGAUGCUCUGAAGCUAUUCUCUCAGAUGCUCGAAAGCAACUCAGGUUUUCAGCCGGAUGAGAUCACACUCUCAAGCGUUGUGUCAGCUAACUCACAGCUGGGUGAUACAAGUUUCGGUACAUGGGUCGAGUCAUACAUAACAGAACACGGAAUCCAAAUCGAUGAUCUUUUAAGUACCUCUCUGAUCGAUCUUUACAUGAAAGGCGGAGACUUUGACAAGGCAUUCAAAUUGUUCAGUGGUCUAGACAAAAAGGAUACUGUUUCUUACUCAGCAAUGAUCACAGGGUGUGGGAUAAACGGUAUGGCCACAGAAGCAAAUCGUUUGUUUAGAGAGAUGGUCGAAAAGAAGAUUUCUCCGAACCAAGUAACAUUCACAGGACUGUUAUCAGCGUAUAGCCAUUCGGGUCUUGUUCAAGAAGGCUACAAAUGCUUCAACUCCAUGAAUGACUACGACUUGGAACCUUCAGCUGAUCAUUACGGGAUAAUGGUGGAUAUGUUGGGACGAGCCGGUAGGCUAGAGGAAGCAUACGAGCUGAUCAAGAGUAUGCCGAUGCAGCCAAACGCUGGAGUGUGGGGAGCCUUGCUUUUGGCCAGUGGGUUACGCAACAACGCUGAGUUUGGGGAGAUUGCGUGCAGCCACUGCGUCGAGCUCGAGACUGAUUCUUCUGGUUAUCUUUCGCAUCUUGCUAAUAUCUAUACUUCUGUUGGGAGAUGGGACGAUGCAAGGAACGUAAGAAAGGCUAUGGAAGAGAAGAAGCUGAGUAAGACACUUGGGUGUAGCUGGGUUCAAGGUUCAGAUCAUUGA